GUAGGCCCAUACAUUUUUUCAGAGACUCUCAAAUGAAAGAGAGAGCGAAAAUCAUAACAGAAAAAUGCCUAAACUUGACUUCUACUACUACAUUUUAAGCCCUUAUUGCAGAAGCGUUCUUUUUGGCGCCAAAUUGUUAAAUGUAAACUUGAAUUUGAAAGUGGUUGAUCUUUUUAAAGGAGAACAUAAAAAUGAGGCAUAUCUUAAGUUAAACCCUCAUCAUAAAGUCCCUACUCUUGUUGAUGAAGAUCUUAUAUUGGGUGAAUCUAGAUCCAUACUUACUUAUCUGUUUAACAAGUAUGGUAAAUCUAAGCACGAAUAUCUCUAUCCUAAAGAUUUGAAGAAGAGAGCUAAAAUUGAACAGUUUUUUUACUAUUCUGCAUCAACAAUUGCUCCGGUAGUGACUACCGGAAUUCUGCUUGGAAAGAGACAACGAACAGCGGAGGAAAGAACUAAACUGGAAGCAGUUUUGGAUAAUCUUGAUAAGAUUUACUUUCAGAAUUCACCUUUCAUUUUCGGCGAUAAACCAACUCUAGCCGAUUUGGAUUUGGCAUCACUUCUUCUAUAUUUGGAAAUGCUUAAAUAUAAUUGUUCGAAAUAUCCAAAUAUUUCUAAAUUUCUCACUGCAUCCAAAGAAAGCGAAUGGAUUGAAGCUUCCGCUACAGAGUAUAAACAAACUUCCGAAGCUGUAAUGAAGGAUUUCAAUCCUUCAGCUUAAAUAAAUUACACAUUUAGUAUUGCAUCAAUCUUAUAAAACUCCAUGGUUUAUUUUAGUUUUAUCUGUUUUGCAGAUGAUUACUUAAUAAUAAACUAUAGAAAAUGCAAAAAGAAGAUAAAACUACUCUGUAUCUUUUAAUUUUAUUAUCGCUCCUAAUGGCAAUUAAUGCAAAAUUUAUAUAUAUAGGCUUGUAAACAUUGACUAUUUUUGCUUUUAAACGAAAGUUUUUAGCACACUAAUCUGUAAGGUAAACUACUUUAUUCCCAUAUUUGCGUUAUAUAUUCACACAUUGAGCGAUAAUAAAAGUUAAUAUAGAAAUAAUAUUAAAGUACAUACGCAAGUACUC